UUGACUGACCACUGCCAGACUUACAUUCAGGAUAUCUGGCAUGGUCACCCCCCCUUGAUUGUAACACUCCCUGACGAUGUCGCCUCAACAGGCAACCCGUGGGACGCAUAUGCUCUUGCCACUGUAUCACCUACGAUGCGCGCACCAGAUGAUGACAGUUGGCACCAGGAUCUUGUUUACAAUACCAUGUGGUUGCUUUUAAACCGUCUUAAGAUCCAGAUGGUUUUGAUGACAGGGCUUGGAAUGGGUACUGGAGGCAUUGGCGUAGCAAAUGCGCACAGCAGAUGA